AACGGAAGGACAUUUGGGAGAGUUGCAACCACUUUUGCAACCCAUAUAGGUGCAAGGAAUAUUUGCACCCAUAUCAACCCCCUUAAACAGGUGUGAAGGAUACUUGGGAGAGUUGCAACCAAUUUUGCAACCCCAUAUCGGUGCAAGGGAUAUUUGCACCCAAAAUAAACCUUGGAAAGACACUUUGGAGAGUUGCAACCAACUCUGUAACCCCAUAUAGGUGCAAGGGACAUUUGCACCCACAAAAGGAUUUUAAGAAUAUUUGCAUCAGGUUGCACAUUUAUAAAUUUGAUUAGUUGCAGUUGAGUCCCGUGGCCAGGAGCGCCCUUUUAUUUCAGGACCAACAAGAGAAUACAAAGAGCAGCAUCCCACAAUUGCUGAAGAAGACUAUAGAAGCAUUCAAGUCAUAUCAACCUUUAUCUUUUGUGGAACUGAUUAAAGUGAAACACGAUUUGAUCUUACUUUCUUAUAGUAAAUUUAGAGACCUUCAAGUAACAUCACAUGUAUUUUCUGCCUUAAGGCAUUAGUGUUUAUAUAGCUUAGUGUAGUUUGAGUUUAACUUUGUACAUAAUUGUCUAUUGUUUCUAGAGCAUUGUUUGUGAUUGUUUGGCUCAUAAAGAGCAAAUAUAUAACUUUAUUUUUAUUCUGUACUUGAAUGUUCAUUGUUGUAUUGUAUUGAGUUCUGGAGGGAACUUGUGUAGUGCAAACCCCAGAUUGCGUAAUACUUUCUUUUCCCUUACAUUCCCUUGGAGUAACAUCUCAGGCGACUGUAGCGAGCGGAGUCAACGCCGCUCCGAAACAUCCCGCAAUUAAGUAACACGCGGGAGAGUCCACCUUCCCCGCAUUUUCCCCGCAUUCCUGACCCGGGAAAAACGUUACAUUGGUGUCAGAAGUGGGAUUGCUUCAGUUGUUCUUGUGGAAGCAAGGAUAAGGAUUUAUAAUAGCGACGCACAUCUCGGACUUUGCAUGUGAAUUUACAGGUUGAAAUAAUUGAGAGAAUGUCGGAUAUUGAGGGUAUGGAUCAAACAAAGGAACAAGAGAAAACCCAGGUUUUCUUUAAGAAUGACAAUGAGGAUAUAAAAAACCCUUUAGAAGGUGAUACAACUUUGCCUGUGGAACAAAGAAGUUCCCCCGCACAAGUCGGGGAGAAGGAUACCUCAGAUUAUAGAAAUCAAGGUAUAAGCCAGGAACAAGUGGAUAUUAGGAAACAAGUAACAUUGACCACUUGUUAUAACCCCAUGGAUGCCUUUGGGAGUAAUGGAAUCCCAGUUAGACAUACUGGUUCCCCAACACCUGUCUCAAUAGGGGACAGAGGAGACCAAAGUAAAGUGCCCACUGCACAAGCCAGUGGAUUUAGCACUGGAUAUUGGACAGGAGAUAAUUUGACCACUGGUGUAAAGCCAUGGAAGGAUCCUAUAGAGGAAAUAGGGACGCAGGAUUUCCCUUUAGUGAACGAGAAUUUGAUCAAUUGGCCAGAAAAGGGAAAAUUAAAAUCCAACCCAUUCAUCGAAAAUGGGAUGGAGAGGGCGUCUGACCCCUGGAAUUCAACCACCCUACAGUUGGGAUCUAGGAAGAAGUUCCCCAAAACCUCCACAAGAAUGACAUUGGACAGGGAUACCCCAAAGUGGAGACAGAGCUCUCCUACUUUGAGUGAAGAACUGGAUAAACAGAAAUUGCUUGUCACUGAGAUUGGAUGUAAUCUCUCGAGACUGGAUAACACAGUCAUACAUAUGGAGGGGAAAAUAGACAAUCUUUGUCAGCAAAAUCAAAGGAAUAAUUUUCAGAUGAACAAUCAAAUGGAAAAUGUUGCCAAAAUGCUAAGCACUCGAGUAGAAGAUGUGGCUAGCAGUGUGCAAACAUUGGCUAACAUCGUGAAAGAGGAUCACGAGAACAAGUCUGCUUUAAAUGAUCAAACUAAAAUGGACGUUGCCCCAACUACUAAUAGGGAACUAAUAUCUGAGGAAGUUUUUGCCCCACCCAGGACCACCUCUGGAUUUAUUGAAGUGAAUCCACAACUCCAGGGCAAUAGGCAACCAUUGGAGAGUGCACCUCGGAAAGAGCUACCCCAAUUACAGGAAUGGGAUGGCGAUCAUCUUGUAAAAAGGGUGGAAAACCCCUGGCCCUUAAGGAGACAGCCUAGAUUUUACAAGGAGACUCCAAAGGACUAUAAUCCGGAGAUAUAUGGUGAGAUACCAGGCACCCAAAGUUAUAUGGAAACCAGAGGAGACAUACAGAAAAAAAAGAUAUUCCCUCGGAGGAGAAUAGUGUUACGUUCGAAACUAACAGAAAGUAAAAACAGCAAUUAA